AUAAACGUGUUAAAGUGGAAACUUUGGUUUCACCUUUCAUCUCCUGUUAGCCACGAAUGCUAACUGAAGUUAGCUUAGCUUGCUAGCUGGAAAUAGACGGAACUCGGCCACACAGCGCUGGUUGGAGGAACUCUGAGUCCAAACUGUGUUUUUCAUUUGUUUAAAAUGUCUAAAGUCCAGAUGCUGAGAGGUUUUAUCAACCAGCGACUAACUGCGGCUGCUGAAGAGAUAUUUGGGCUGUUUGAAAGAACGAUAUCAGAGUACGAGGAGGAACUCUGUCGUUCCAAAGAGGAGAACCAGAGACACAGGAAACUACUGGACGCUGUUUUCCAGCCUGAAGUCCGGUUACACAGAGCAGACGUCCAGCAGCUGCUGGUGAGUAAAAAAGAGGUUCCCCCUGAGCAGCAGCAGUGGAGCCCCAGGCUGGACCAGGAGGACCCAUCAGAGCCGCCACACAUUAAAGAAGAACAGGAGGAGCUCUGGACCAGUCAGGAGGGAGAGCAGCUUCCAAAGGUGGAGGAGGCUGAUAUCACCAAGUUCCCAAACGUCCAGCAGCUGUUGGUGAGUAAAGAAGAGGUUCUCCCUGAGCAGCAGCAGUGGAGCCCCAGGCUGGACCAGGAGGACCCACCAGAGCCACCCCACAUAAAAGAGGAACAGGAGGAGCUCUGGACCAGUCAGGAGGGAGAGCAGCUUCCAGAGGUGGAGGAGGCUGAUAUCACCAAGUUCCCAUUCACUCCUGUCCCUGUGAAGAGUGAAGAAGAUGAUGAAGAGAAUCCUCAGUCCUCACAGCUUCAUCAAAGCCAAACUGAAGAGAACAGUGAUGCAGAUCAUUUGAAAACAGAAACUGAUGGAAAGGACUAUAGAGCACCAGAACCAUCCAGGAACGUUAACCCAGAUAGUCCUUUACAACUAGAUACUCAUGACCAUACUUCACUCUGCUCUGAACCUGAGACUGAUUACAGUUGGGAUUGGGAGGAUACCAGGAAACCUCAGCCAGGUUUAAACCCUCUGCAAAACAAUGAAGUACCUGUAAGUGAUCAGGAAUGUAACACUGGAGAAACAUCAGUUAGCUCCUCUGAAUAUGCUGCAAGAUUUGGCCACAAGGGACAUCUGCAGAACCACAAUGGAACCAAAACAGGAGUGAAACCAUUUAGUUGCCCAGUUUGUGGUAAAAGAUUUGCACAACAGGGAACUCUGAGACAACACUCUAUAGUCCACACAGGGGAUAAACCAUUUAGCUGCUCAGUUUGUGGUAAAAGAUUCACACAACAGGGAACUCUGACACGGCACUCUGUAGUCCACACAGGGGAGAAACCAUUUAGCUGCUCAAUUUGUGGUAAAAGAUUCAAAGACAAGGGAACUCUGAGACGACACUCUACAGUCCACACAGGGGAGAAACCAUUUAGCUGCUCAGUUUGUGGCAAAAGAUUAACACAAAAGGGACAUUUGAGACGACACUCUAUAGUCCACACAGGAGAGAAACCAUUUAGCUGCUCAGUUUGUGGUAAAAGAUUCAAAGACAAGGGAACUCUGAUACGACACUCUGUAGUCCACACAGGGGAGAAACCAUUUAGUUGCUCAGUUUGUGGUAAAAGAUUCACUCAAAAGGGAACUCUGAGACUACACUCUAAAGUCCACACAGGGGAGAAACCAUUUAGCUGCUCAGUUUGUGGUAAAAGAUUUGCACAAAAUGGAAAUCUGAGACUACACUCUAAAGUCCACACAGGGGAGAAACCAUUUAGCUGCUCAGUUUGUGGUAAAAGAUUCGCACUAAAGGGAAAUCUGAGAUUACACUCUAUAGUCCACACAGGGGAGAAACCAUUUAGCUGCUCAGUUUGUGGUAAAAGAUUCGCACUAAAGGGAAAUCUGAGACUACACGCUAUACUUCACACGGGAGAAACCAUUUAGUUCCAGUAUUUGUGGUAAAAUAUUCACUCAGCUCCACAGUGUCAAAAGAUACGCAAACGGCAAAAAAUGAAGCUGCUUCUUGAACAUCAAUCAGCUAAAAGCUGUGUUCAGCCACAUGUUUUCUUUAAAAAGUCUAAAAUUUCAAUGUCAAAAUUUAGGGCUGCACGAUUAAUCUAAUUGCAAUCGCGAUGUCGUCAUGUGCGAUUACAUAACUGCAAAAAGGUGUGCGAUUUAAGCAGAAAAAGUUAUGCCGAGUUUUGCAUGCCUGUCGAGAAUUGCAUGCAAAACUUGGCCACUGUUUUUAAAUGCUAUAGUAUCCUUCGUGGGGUUCAUCAAUGAGAAUCAGCUAAAAUAUGUGGUAAUAACCGCGUUUGAUCAAUGAACACAAAGUGUCUGAAAAGGACUUUAAGAGGUGGAUGCAGAAUUUGGCAGAAUAUUAUGUUGAACAAUAUGAUUAUUGACAAGUUAAUAGUUAUUAAAUUAGAGACCAAUAUAGAUCAUUUUGCUUGCAGAAGGAUUAAAUAAAACAAAACAACCCACAGAAAUGAAACAGCUGUAACUGGAUUUAAUAUUCAACUACUGUAUUUUUGUUUUGUUUGUUUUGUAUUUCUGUAUUUCGGACUAUAAGGCGCACUUAAUAGCCUUUAUUUUUUUCAAAAAAACGACUUAUAAACCAGAGCGCCCUAUAUAUGGACUAGUUGUGCUUAAUGACUGCGAAGCGAUUUUGUGUGGUACACGGUGCUAGUCAUGAGCGUCGCGGAGCAAUACAUACAGUAGGCCUACUGUGCUUCACCAUAAUAUUGCAGUGUGACCCCAAAAUGGCACCUGUCAAGAGACAUGCUUACAACGCAGACUUUAAACUCAAGGCUAUCACUCACGCAGUAGAACACGGGAAUAGAGCAGCAGCGAGAGAAUUCAACAUUAAUGAAUCAAUGGUACGGAAGUGGAGGAAGCAAGAAGAUGACCUGCGCCAAGUAAAGAAGACCACACAGAAUUUCCGCGGGAACAACGCGAGAUGGCCACAGUUAGAGGACAAAAUUGAACAGUGGGUUAUGGAACAGAGAGCAGCAGGUAGAAGCGUCUCUACAGUCUUGAUUCGAAUGAAGGCAACAGCGUUAGCACGGGACAUUAAUAUCAAUGACUUUGAUAUUAGAGGCGGGCCUUCUUGGUGCUUUCGUUUUAUGAAAAGACGUAAUCUCUCCAUCCGCACACGAACUACCGUCUCGCAGCAACUGCCAAAAGAUUACGAAGAAAAGCUGGCCACUUUCCACGCAUACUGCAAAAACAAGAUCACUGAAAAGAAGAUCUAGCCAGAGCACAUCACCAACAUGGACGAGGUUCCGCUCACCUUUGACAUCCCCGUGAACCGCACUGUGGAGAAAACAGGGACCAGAACGGUGUCUAUACGCACCACAGGGAACGAGAAGUCAUCCUUCACUGUAGUUCUCGGUUGCCAGGCUAAUGGCCAGAAACUUCCACCCAUGGUCAUUUUCAAGAGGAAGACUUUGCCAAAAGAAAAGUUUCCAGCUGGCGUCAUUAUCAAAGCUAACCCGAAGGGCUGGAUGGACGAGGAAAAGAUGAGUGAGUGGCUGAGAGAAAUUUACGUCAAGAGACCGGGUGGCUUUUUCCACAAAUCUUCGUCCCUAUUGAUCUGCGACUCCAUCUGCGCCCAUCUCACCGAUGCUGUCAAAAACCAAGUGAAGCAAACUAAUUCAGAUCUUGCCAUCAUUCCGGGUGGAUUAACUAAAGAACUCCAGCCGCUAGAUAUUGGUGUCAACAGGGCGUUCAAAGUUAAACUGCGAGCUGCGUGGGAGCAGUGGAUGGCGAACACAUAUUCACCAAGACAGGGAGACAGCGUCGGGCGACUUACGCCACUAUCUGCCAAUGGAUCGUGGAUGCCUGGGCUAAGGUAUCAGACUCAUCUGUGGUCCGAGAUUUCACAAAGGCCGGAAUCAUCACUGAACUGCCAGCUAACAGCAACGACACUGACUCGGAUAAUGACGAGAGGGCAUGCUGGACGCCGUGAUCGCCCAACUGUUUAACUCGGACACUGAAGAUGAAGAAUUUGAGGGGUUUGUGGACGAGGAAUGAGCUGAAAAAGUGUGUAUUGUGUUGUAUUUUACGUGUUAUAACUGAACAAUUUUGAGAGUUAUUGUGAAAAAGCUAACGUUUGAUUUGGCGGUAUCAGACUGUUGUAUUUUACGUUUUUAUAACUGAACAAUUUUGAGAGUUAUUGUGAUACGCUAACGUUUGAUUUAACGUGUGCGUGUGCAUGUGUUGAACACAUCCCUGUAUCUGCAUGAACUGGUGACAGUAAAUUGUCCGUACGUGUGAAUGGUUGUUCGUCUCUAUGUGCUCUGUGAUGAACUGGUGACUUUCUCACGGUGUACCUGCAUCUGUUUUUUAAUAAAGUUUGACUGACUUA